AUAUAAUACCUCUCACAUGCUAGUGGUUAUAGGAGGAGGGUAAAGGCAAGGCUGACUAGUUCCUGCUCAGAGGGCUUAAGCAGCUGAGUAGUGUGAGCUGCAGUGUGGCUGCCAUGGAGGUUCAUCAGGGCACUCGCUUGCGAUUCUCUGCUAAAUCUGUCACCGAGGUGUGACUGCUACUGAUGGACUCCAACCGAGAGAGGAGGGAGAGGGAAAGAGCUCGCGUGAGGAAGAUAGUCAGCGCGGAUGCACGCUCAAACAACAUUUUGUCUGGAGUGGUGUCCAUCAACAGGACUUGGGGACCAAGUUCUCGGGCAGACCCGGGCAUCGGCCCUGAUCUUGCCAGCUUGUACUCACUACGGGACAAUGACUACCAGUGGAGGGAGAUCCAUGGGGCAAAGUUGGCUUCACUGUUCGGACUUGAUCAAGCAACAAGUCAAGGCAAUGAUUCGUUCCAGUACACUGCCCCAAAGCAGCCUCGGAAGAGUUCUCCGAACUCCGGGCCACCUACUCAGAAGUCACCUCCGCCAACUGGAACCCCUGCAGUGCUCUUCGCAACAGCAGUCCAUGCUUAUAGAUAUGUUGGCGGACAGUACAUGAAGCAAGGCAAACUGGGAGCUGCUGUGCUGGGAAGUCACACCACUAAAGAGUACAAGCUCCUGCUCUAUGCUAGUCAACAGAAGCCGGUCACGUCAGCCAAGGUUCACACGGGCUUCGUCUUCACUGUUCAGCCUUGCAAUUACUGCACAUUCUACGAUGACCAGCGGCAGAACUGGUCGGUGAUGUUUGAGUCUGAGAAAGCGGCACUGGACUUCUGUAAGGAGGUGUGUUUGACGAAGGCUAACAGCGCUGCUCAGCUGGACGCUGUGGUUGUGCAGGAUCUGACGCUAGGAGAAGGACAGGCAGUGGAAAAUGGAGACUCUCUAGAGGUGGCCUACACGGGCUGGCUGCUGCAGAACCACACCAUUGGACCGGUGUUUGACUCGAAUCUGAAUAAAGACAAGCUCCUGAGGCUGAAGCUAGGCACGGGAAAGGUCAUCAAGGGCUGGGAAGAGGGUAUGGCAGGCAUGAAGAAGGGUGGACGCCGUCUCUUGGUGGUUCCCCCCAGCCAGGCGUACGGCUCACAGGGAGUGCUUAACCGUGUGCCAGCAGACAGCACGCUGAUCUUUGAAGUAGAGAUCAGAAGGGUGAAAUUUGCCAAGGAUGGAGGGUCUGAGCGCGUCAGUAUCGGAUCUCGAGACUCGGCCGCCCCAUCGCCGGCCCCCAGUGUGGAGAGUCUGGGGCCCGAAGUCACAGCCCAGCCCCUACCUGCUGCCUCCGCUGCAGCUAAACAAGGAGAUGCUCCCCUUCGUGUGAAGUCCAACUCCAUCAGUGAACAGUUUGCAACCCAGAAUCCUGACGUCACCAAAGCCAGGCUAAUCUCCCGCAUGGCUAAAAUGGGCCAGCCCAUGCUGCCCUUCCUGGCUGGUCCAGCAUCGUCCCCACACGCAGACUCCAGUGACUCUGAAAUGGAGGACCCCAGCGUGCCUCGGGUGAAGGAGCAUCCUGUGGCACCCUCUCCUCAGCCUGUGCAGAUCACAGCAGCUUCUCCAGCCGCAAUGCACGUGAUAUCACAUCCUCAUGCAAACCCUACCGCAGCACUGAUGCCAGUCACCAUGGCAACUGCCACCCCUCAGCCCAUGAUGCCAGGUUCCCUUCAUGCUUUUCAGCCGUACCCUUACACACAGUCUGUGGCUCCCUCUCACAUGCAGCCUGUCGGUGAGAUGUACGCAAGUCAAGCAGUACCAUACCAGGGACCCAGAGAUGUCACAUCGUUCCUGAUGACAGAGGCUCGGCAACACAACACAGAGAUUCGAUUGUCUGUCGGCAAAGUUGCAGAUAAAGUUGACCAGCUGGCUUCUAAGGUGGAUGACCUCCAGAAGCAGGGUGGAGUCUCACUUGGCUUCUCCAAUGUCUCCAUGGAAACGUCCAUGAUCAUGCACAACAUUCAGAGAAUAAUACAGGAAAAUGAGUGCUUGAAGAAGGAGGUCUUUGAGAAGAGCACGCGCAUUGAAGAGCAAAACCGCAAGAUUGGAGAACUCAUCAACCAGAACCAGAGGUAUAUGGAACAGAGCAACGUCCUGAUGGAGCAGAGGAAUGACUCUUUGAAGAGCUCCAGUGAGCACAACCAGGCUCGAGUCCUGCAAGCAGAGCAAGAUAAGCAUGCAAUGCCACCAGACAUGGGUUUGGAUCAGGCUCGUUUGACGGAAGAUUUGGCGAGCUCCACGGCACGGGUGUCAGAGCUGCAGCUGGAAGCAAGCUGUCAACAGCAGAAGGCUGCCGCCCUGCAGGCUAAACUAAACGCGGUUCACCAGGAGCGAGAGCAACACGCCAGCCAGGUCUCCACCCUACAGACCCAGCUAGAAGAGUUCAAGGAGACAGGGGAAAGGGCCCACACUCAGUACAAAGCCGAGAAACAGAAACGCAAGGAGGUGGAGCUGAAGCUCAGCGGUGUGGAGGAGGAGCUGCAGGACGUGACGACAGAGAAGGGCAGCCUGGAGAGAACUAUGUUGGACAGGAAGAGGAAAUGGCAGGCGGAGCGCGAGCGCUGCGAUGAGGAGCUGGAGGAGGUACGCAGGAGCAGCCAGCAGGAGCUGGACAACCUGAGGAUCCAACUACGCAAGGCCAGGACCAGCACUGACCAGGCCGCCCAGGGGCAGAUGACCCAGUUGCAGGCUGAGCUGGAGCAGGAAUGGCAGGCUAAGUGUGAUCAGGCCUUGGCCUCAGCCAAAGAGCAGCAGGCUCGAGCAAUGGCAGAACUCACAGAGCAGAGAGACAGCUUGGAGGUCAAAUUCGCACAACUACAGGAGAAGUUCACGGUGCUGAAGCAGUCUCGGGAGUCCGAGGAGCAGAGGCUACUCCAGCAACAGGACCAAAGCGACGAGCUGCAGGCCCUCAAAGACAAGUACUCUGCUCUGGAGGGGCGAGCGGUGUCCAUGAGGCAGCAGUAUGAGACUCGUGUGGCAGAGCUGGAGAGGCGUCUGGUAGAGCCGCAGCAGGAGAGGCCGGAGCAGGAGAGGCCGGAGCAGGCAGACAGUGCGGUAGAGGUGAAGCGUGUGAUGAAUGGAGUGUUCCAGUCGCUGCGGGGGGAGUUUGACCUGCACGAGUCCUACACGGGCAGUUUCAUUCUAGGUGUUCUGGUCAGCACCAUUAAGAAUGUAACUCUACAACUCCUUGCGAGAAGUGAGAGGACUUCCUCAGAACAGAGCCAACCGGAGGAGGAGGAGGAGGAGGAGGAGGAAGAAGAGGAAGAGGAAAAAGUAGAAGAGACUGAGGAGAAAGUGUCACCGACCACACAGAUGAAUGGGAAAAGAGAGGAGGAUGAUGACGAAGAAAAAGAGAUUGAUGAGAAGGAGGUAGAGAGGAAUGUGCUGAAUGUGGAGGAGAAGAAGAGUGCACCUUCAGAGAGGGAGGAGGAAGAGGAGGAGAAGAGUGCACCUUCAGAGAGGGAGGAGGAAGAGGAGGAGGAGAGUGCACCUUCAGAAAGGGAGCAGGAGAAAGUGCCUGAGGCGACUAGAGAAGCUGUGGUGAUUGACAAGCAGGUGGAACAGCCAGAGAGAGGGGAAGAGGGAGUCGUCCAGGCGAACAAGGAAGUAUCCGUUCACACAGACCAGGAAGCAGUCACAGAAAUCGUGACCAAUCAGGUCACAGUUACAGACACUACUGUAACGGCUGUCUGCCAGACAGACAGCCAGAGAGCCACAGAGACUGUAGACCCAAACAAGGCGAGACCCCAAGAGCACUUCGUUUCUGAGGAAGGGUUAAAGCCAGACCCUCCUACUGAUGCCAGCCCUAAAGAGAAGACCCAGAAGCACAAUGAGAACGUGGCCAAUCCUCUUGGGGAAGCUGUCGUCACGGAGACCAGAUCUGGACCACCCACUCAACCCCCACCACCACCACCAAAUGUCAGCCAUGCAAACUCAAUGGCCGCCACACCCAACAGUCUGACUGAGGGAGUAAGAGAGGAAAAUGGAGGGAAGCCAUUUUUCAAGACAGCCGCCCCGGUCAAACCCCCACCCACCCCGACAGAGGAGGACGAUGACGAGUUGAGCCUGAAGGGAAGACCUCCCCCAGCCCCGCUGUUUGGUGAGGACGACGACGAUGAUGACGAUGACCUGGACUGGUUGAGCUGAGCAUAGACCAAAAAGUGCCUAUAAGGAGGCCUGGCUGGUUCCAUGGCAUAGCAGCUGUUGCCAUAGCAAAUUAGAUGAACUUUCAUCUGAUUGGAUGGAUACUGGACUGGACUGUGCCAGACUGGGCUGGGCUGGACUAGGAAUGUGACGCAAACUAACACUGUUCAAUGUCGCCAUGGAUGUAAACCACAGCACCAGCUACUGGGGGAUGAUUCACUACUGCUCAAAUUAGAGGGAAAGCAAACCAUCUGUGGCUCACAGGUCAUGACCUUUGAACUGAAGGUCAUACAGGGACAGAGUGGACUGUACUGGGCUGGCUUGCUGCUUCUCAAAAAAAGAAAAAUCAUUAUCCUUCACUUGGGAUAGCUUGUCCUAAUUCUCGAAUAUGCUACCACUGCUUCAACUUUUUUUUUUCACAGCUUUUUACUCAGAUCAUGGAUACUGUAUGACAAACUGCAUCAGUUACAUUUACUUGUGACCACAAAGCCUUUUGAUAUUACAGACUACAUAGUGUCUUGACAUAAGAUCAAAUCUUCACAAGACCUGGAAAUGAAAAGAAAACUUAAGUUUGAAGCCUACAUGGCUUAGCUCAUUACUGGCCUCGCUUUUAUUCUAAAGCCAAGAUGUUAAUUUAAUGUGUUGAUUCAUGCUUUUUCUCCUUACUUUUUGUAAAGAGGACUCAGCGUUGUGUUAUCUGUUAGCUGGCAACUGCGGGAUUUUACUUCAUGUUUCUUUUCUUGCUAACAGUAAUUCAUGUUGAUUAAUAAAUAGAGUACUACCUUCCAGAAGUUAA